AUGAAUAUUGUCAAACAAAAACGCGGUCGUGCAAAGGGUACAAUCACUAGGGUUUCAACAUUUUCGGAAUCAGUCGUCGAUUCCACCCCUAUUGACAUGCUAGAAAUUCAAUUAAAGAAACUUCAGGAAGCUUGGUCUGAAUUCGUUUUGCAGCAAAAUAAUUUAUACGAGUUCUACGACCAGGAAGGUUUCCUCGACCCUGAACCCGAAUACGGGGAAUAUGAAACGAAAUAUUUCGAAGCGUUUUCUAAACUUUCUGGGUCUAUAAGAAAACAUCCAGAUAAGGAUCGUGAUGAAGCAUCAACAAUAAAUGCUUCGGUUUUGCAAAAAUCAAACUCUCGUCAGUCGGUCGUGUUGCCAAAACUUGUAAUUCCAGUUUUUAUUGGAGACUAUAAGGAUUUACCGGUUUUUAAAGAUUUGUUUACGGGAACAAUUGAUUGCAAUGUCUCCCUAACCGGUACGCAAAAAUUUCAAUAUCUGAAAUCAUUUCUGGGUGGUGAAGCGGCUACUCUUUUGAAGCACAUUUCGUGUACCGAAGAAAAUUAUCUCGAAGCUUGGGAUAAGCUUGAAGCGCGUUACGACAAAAAACAUUUAAUCGUACAGUCAUUCAUUAAAAGUUUCAUGGCCUUGCCGUCGUCUAAUAAUUUGAAUUUAGAAACUCUUCGCAAGCUUACAAAUGGAGCUGAUGAAAUAGUUCGUGGUUUGAACGCGUUACAAAUGAACUCUAGAGAUCCUUGGUUGAUCUAUAUUCUUGUUCAAAAAUUGGACAGUGAAACAAAACAAGCGUCGUGCAAUGCUAGACAUCACACCUUAGUACAUGAACCUAGAAUUACAUCGACUAAUAAAACAACUGAACAACCAUCGACACAAAACCCUUCGAACUCCGCUGUUACUCAUCAUUCUCUCGAAUCUACUCGUAAUGCUCAUUCAUCUCUCGAAUCCAACGUUAUUAAAUCUACAAUUCUCCCUACUGCCGUCGUUAAGGUUCAGGAUAAAUUUGGCUCUUUUCAAAACAUUCGAAUUCUACUCGAUUCAGGAUCCCAAAUCUCGUUUAUUACGGAGAAAGCUCUCCAACGUUUGGGUCUUCCUAGAAAACCAUCUCGUAUCCCUAUUGUUGGAGUCGCAUCAACUUCUGCGGGUACAACCAAUGGUCUCAUUUCGUUAAAACUACACUCUCGUUUCAAUUCAAAUCACAUAGACAUAGAUUGUCAUAUCCGAAAUUUUAUGAACCAGGAACGAUUGAUAUGCUCAUCGGAGCAGAUAAUAUUUUCAACAUUAUUCUCGAAACACCAAGGUGCUCCUAACUCUUUGUUGACAAUUUUUGGAUGGGUAAUUGCUGGAAGCUAUGAUCGCACACCAUCCAGUGAAGCUUUCGUUAUAAAAUCAUUUUGCACACAGCUUGAUUAUGCCAAGUACUUUGAUUUGGAACGCUUUUGGCGUCUAGAAGAGAUUUUUUAUGAACAGCCUUUGUCUAUUGAAGAACAAAGAGCUGAGGAUGAUUUUAUUCAAACUCAUAGUCGCCAUACAGAUGGUAGAUACAUGGUUAAUUUACCAUUCAAACCCAAUUGCAAACCCACAUCUGAAAGCUCAUCUCGAAUCGCACUCAACCGACUAUAUUCAAUGGAAAAGAGAUUCGUUCGUGAUCCUGAACUUCAAAAACAAUACUCUUCCUUCUUAAACGAAUACAUUUCAUUGGGUCACAUGGAAGAAAUACCUGUUAAAGAGAUAAACGAUUCAGAUUCUUACUAUCUACCUCACCACGCCGUGUUCAAGGCUGAUAGCACGAAACGCGCGCUUAAACAACUAGCUUUGGAUUCUGCUGAAACACACCCUCGAGCUUCUUCAGUUAUCCUUAAUGACUUUUAUGUCGAUGAUUUGGUAACAGGCGCUGAUACAAUUGAAGAUUUAAUCGCUCUUCAAAAAGAGCUUGUUGAGGUUUUGUCACUUGCCGGUUUUAACCUUCGUAAGUGGACAACUAAUUGCUGGCCACUUCUCAUAUCCUUCCCUGAAGAUCAACGGGAACUAUCUCCUAUCGAUUUUGAAAAUUCUCUGACUGUAAAGGUCCUCGGGCUGCGCUGGUGUCCAUCUGGGGAUUGUUUCUCGUACAAGGUAAAUUUGGACCAGUCAACAUCAUGUACAAAACGUUCUAUCCUAUCCGAAGCAUCGCGCAUCUUUGAUCCCCUUGGCUUUUUAGCUCCGGUCGUGGUAGCUGUAAAGAUAUUCUUUCAGGAUUUGUGGAGAGCGGGUGUAGGAUGGGAUGACCAAAUCCUACAGGAACUUUCGCAUCGCUGGAUCACUAUACGAGAAGAACUUCAUUUAUUGGAAUCAAUCCGUAUUCCGAGACUAAUGUGGACAAAUAAAGUGAACUACGAGUUCCAUGCAUUUUGUGAUGCUUCCUUGGAUGCAUAUGCAGCUGUAAUCUACUGCAGAAGUGAAAAUCUAGAUGGGACUGUCUCAAUUUCAUUAAUCGCUGCUAAAACGAAAGUUGCUCCAAUCAAAGUGCUCUCACUUCCUAGACUUGAGCUUUGUGGAGCUCUUUUAUUAACCCGCUUAGUUAAAAAAAUCAAGAUUUCGUUACAGAUAAAACAUAUGCAAUUAUUUGUUUGGACAGACUCGUCCAUUGUCCUACAUUGGCUAGCCGCACCGCCCAAAAAAUGGUCAGUUUUUGUUGGAAAUAGAACAUCAGAGAUAGUUUCAUCUAUUCCGGUGAAAUCCUGGAAUCAUGUUAGAUCCGCCGACAAUCCUGCUGAUGUUCCAUCAAGAGGAAUUCCGCCAUCUCAACUCGAGUCGACUGAUAUCUGGUGGAAUGGUCCAGUUUGGCUUAAAAUGAACCGCAGUGAAUGGCCUAAAACUCAACAUGAUUUGCAGAACGUAUCAAGUGAUCAGCUGGAGGAAAGGAAUUCUAAUAAAGUCCAGGUAUUCGUAUCCCAAAUAAAUGAAAACAACAUUCUGAGACAAAUAAUUAAUAAAUCGUCAGAUUGGAUAAAAUCGGUACGUGUGGUUGCAUACAUUUUUCGUUAUCUUAAAAAUCGUCGCCUUGCUCCGGAGCUACGUGAUCUACAAGCUCUUUCAACUUCAGAACUAAACCACGCUAAAACUUGCCUGAUAAAAGCUUCUCAAUAUAUUUUAUUCGCCGCUGAAAUCGAAAGUCUCAACAAAUAUAAAUACUUGCCUUCGCGAUCUAAACUCUCAUCAAUUGCCCCUUUCCUUGAUAGUGAAAAUGUCCUUCGCGUAGGCGGUCGUAUACAAAACUCUGAACUGUCGUUUAAUGAAAAACACCCAAUAAUUCUCUGCAAAUCGCACCCAAUAACAAAACUUAUAGUGGAAUAUACCCAUAAACAUUAUUUACAUGCAGGUGUAUCAUUAAUGGUGUCUUUGCUAAAACAAAAUUAUUUCAUUCUAGGCAGCCGAAACAUUGUCAGAAAGGUAGUAAAUGACUGCAUUGAUUGCUUCAAGCAAAGAAAAUCUACUUCCGAACAAAUGAUGGGGAAUCUACCAAUCGAAAGGGUUCGUUUUUCAAGGCCAUUUAGCAAAGUUGGCUGCGAUUAUGCUGGACCUAUCACUCUUCGUUUGGCUCGUGGAAGGAACCCUAAAUUUGUCAAGGGUUACAUAGCUCUUUUUGUUUGCUUUGUGACAAAGGGAGUUCACAUCGAGUUAGUGGGUGAUUUGUCAUCCAGUGCAUUUAUUUUGGCCCUAGACCGCUUUGUAUCGCGCCGAGGAAAACCAACAGAAAUAUGGAGCGACAACGCCACAAAUUUCCAUGGUGCUAAACGGUUUCUCGGGGAGAUGCAUGAAUUGUUAAUGGACCAGCAGCGAAACAAUAUCAUUGCAGAUCAUCUAUCUAAAGACGCCAUUGAUUGGAAAUUCAUACCACCUUCUGCACCCCACUUUGGUGGGCUGUGGGAGGCAGGUGUGAAAUCCGUGAAGAAGCACAUCACACGUGUCAUUGGUGAACAUAUACUUACCUACGAGGAGAUGUAUACUCUUCUCUCCAAAAUCGAAUGUUUACUCAACUCACGCCCAAUGUGGCAGACCUCCGAUUUUGAACCAAUUGCACUUACUCCGUCACAUUUCAUGAUUGGAGAACCAUAUUGUGCAAUUCCUCAACCUGAUUUAGAUUUUUCAAAAUUUUCGAUAAGUUCUAAUUGGCAUCUUUUACAGACUCUCAUGCAAGGUUUCUGGAAGCAGUGGCAUAAGGAAUAUUUGACAUCAUUACAAAACAGACCCAAAUGGCAAAAGGUUCAACGAGAUCUACAGAAAAACGACAUGGUGUUGCUCAAGGAACCGAAUUUGCCACCUUCGAAAUGGAUACUUGGACGAGUCAUAGAAGUUCACCCUGGUGCAGAUGAAAGGAUUCGUGUGGUUACCGUUCGUACCAAGAAUGGUGAUUAUGUUCGACCCAUCGUUAAGCUAGCGCCUUUGCCGUUUUCUGAAAGACCGGAGUCUUCCAGGGGGGGCUGA